GUCAUGGUGUGUAGAUAUUGAAGUUGAUAAAAUAAAUUUGAAAAAACAGGUGGAUGUAGUGUUCCGUAUGGUUUGGUGUAUAGCAAAUUUAGUAAUGAUUGAAUGAUUUUAUGCUGAGAAUGUGGAUUAAUUAUGGAAUAAAUAUGAUGUUUGAUAUUUAUGUGUUAUAGAUGAUGGUGUUAUGGAUGAUUGUGUAUGCGAUAAAAGUAUUUUGAAGAAAAAGUUGCAAAUUGCGGACGAUAGUGGUGUCGUGGAUGUCGUGGCAUAUAAUCAAAUUCAACAACAAUUAUUUGGACAUUCAGCAGCUGCCCAUCAAAGUGGACUGAUUGGAGUUAACGAUUUUUCGGUUAUGAAUAAGCAAUAUCGUGUUAUUUUGAAGCAGGCUUACAGUAAGAUUGAAGGCCGCAGCAAAGAAACCAUCAGUGUAACCUAUAUGGAAGAAAGGAUGCUUGAAGAAAAUCCAUGUUCAGCUAUGGAUAUUGGUGUCAGCAAAGAGCAAACAACCACAGUGCAACCUGAGUGCAGCAAACGAUCGAAUGUUACUCCGAAGAAACGGAAUAAAUGAGUGGAAAAGUGGAAUUGAACUGCGAAGCAGAAUUGAAUGGUCCCAAGGCUUUGAAUUUGGAUAACAUGAUAUUAUUCUUUUACCAGUACAAGUAUCAUUUUGUAUUAUUAGCUAAAUUCAUUAGUGGUAUGCUAUUUGUAUGAAUGGUAUAAUAUUAUUAUGGUGAAUUGAUUAUGCCCGAUUUUUGUACUAUUAUAUUAUAUACCUUAGUAUCAUAAUAAUUAUACUGUUGUGAUGUGAA